AGUGAUAGUUCAUAGAUAAGGUUUUUCAAAAAAAAAAAAAAAAAGGAUUCAAAACGUUAUAAAAGUAUGACGAGCGAGAGUGCGACAUCUCCGACGAUUCCACAACACUCCGAGCCCCAACCACCAAAUCCAAUCACUCCUUCACCUCCACAAGCUACGAUAAACGUCGCCGCGAACAGCAACGGUGUAGCAUUCGAUGAAAUCGAGGAAGAACCUUCAUGUUUCAAGUAUUUGGAUAGUAAAGAGUAUGGUGAUAAGUACAAAAGAUACGAAUCUGAGUUUAAGCAGUGGAUCGUGGCCAAGCAUUUCUAUCCCAAUGCAGUGAAUUUGUAUGAGGGGAGAACAAUAAUAGGUGGUGAAACCAUUCUAUCUAGCAAGUGGCCUUGCACUCGUUUCUAUGCAGCUCCUGAUUUUUCAUUUGCAGAAGAAGAGAGUGUAGAUUCACCUACUGCAGAGAUGACUCCUGUUGGUUUAGUUUCCAAUGGAGGUAUUGUCUCUGAGAAGUAACAGUUGUUAAUGUAGGCUUGUAACAUUGUUUCAUUCAACAUUUUGCUUCAUAGAUCAAGAAUGUGAUACACAGAGCAAGAUUUGACUAAUAGCUAUAGCAUUGUUGUUAUCUAUUAUAUACAUAUAUGCA